UUUUUUUUUUUUUUUUUUUUUUGGUUCUCUAUCUGAAACUGAAAAACAAUGCAACUAUUUAUAUCAUAGUAUUUACCUUUUCACUUACCUACGCUACGAUGUCUUCAACAACAAAAACGAAUGUUGUUGUUUUGCCUCCACGCAAAAUCAAUCUCCAGAAGUUUCGAGAAUCUCGAGGCCCAGAGCUCGAAUCACUUCACUCCUUAGUAUCAACUCGGCUGAACAACGAUUUCCGGUCUCGCAGGAACAAGAGACGAAGAACAACCUCGUACGACAAUCAAGCUGCCAAGAAGAACAAGAAGAGGAGACGCAGGAAUGAGACCGGUGCUUGUUUGGAGAAAGAUAAAGAGGAGAAGGAGGUUAAGGUUGUUCCUCGGCGCAUUCGGAGGAGAAUUGAGCUUCGGAUGAAUCAGGAAAAAGGGUUUUCGAGUUCUGGAGAUGGGACUAAGAGGCUUAGAACACAUGUUUGGUAUGCGAAGCGCUUCGCUAUGACUAAGCUUUGGGGGUUUUAUCUUCCUCUUGGUUUGCAAGGAAGGGGAAGGGGUUCAAGGGCACUCCUGAAGUGGUUCAAACAAGAAGUUCUCGUACAUGAUGCGAGUUAUCAUGUUUCUGUCCAAUUAGAGGGUCCGGAGGAUUCUUUAAUAUCGGUUCUAAAAACUCUGAUGGUGCCUUCCCCUUCAGAUCUUUCUGAAACUUCUUCUCGCUCUGUUAUUUCGGGUGCCAUGUAUGGAAGCGCUAUGCUUCAUCAUGUUGGAGCACCGCUUUCUCAGCCAAUUGCUCCAGUGACCUAUAUGUGGCGACCUGUUUGCCAGCAGAAUAGAGAUAGUGAUGUUAUGGACCAUGAUGGUGAUGGCUGUGACAAGCCAGAGAACAUCGUGUCCAGUUCUUCCUCUCGCCAGAUGUGGGUGUGGAUACAUGUUUCUGCUUUUAGUGAGGGAUUUGAUGCUCUAAAAUUUGCCUGCCAGAAGGAGAUGGAUGAGAGGGGCAUUUUGAUCAAUUGUGUUUCGCUUGAAGGUCAACUUGCAAAAUUAGAAGUAUUAGGAUUAAAGGCAUUUCAACAUCUUCAGAAGAUAUUACAUCCUGUUACUUGUUCUUCAGAGAACCCUUGGCAAUUGAGGAAGCAUUCAGCUGUAGACUCUGACCAUGACUUCCAAUUGAAGAAGUCUUCUGUACUUGAAAAUGAGGAGAAUUUUUCUUCUCAUGCAAUCGUGUCUCUUAGAGUCAAGGAUCCUCGCAUAAUGCCUGAGAAAAGGUUCACAGAUGUUCCAGAGUCACUUUCUACUGGUAUGCUCAGCGUAUCAGAAGCUGAAGCUAAAGAGGAUGUUGCAUUAGCAGAAAUACUAGACAAGAACGAGGAGUUGUUAUCUGGGACAAAACCUGGAGGAAAUAGCAUUAUUUAUGAUAACAAGGAUUUAUGGGAUAGUAGCAGUGGAGUAAGUCCCCCUAUGGAAGAGCAUGUAUUGUGUAUGGAAAAAAAUGUUCUGCGUAUGGAUAAGUUCUGCCUUGAUGCUUCAAAUUCAGGAAUGCUGAACACUUCAACCAAGGUGCAGUGCUCAAGAUCUUGCCCUAUUCUGCUUUUAAAAAAUAAUGAUCCAAAGGGAUUGCAUAUAGGAUGGUCCAUUAUACUUCCCUUAAGUUGGGUCAGGGUCUUUUGGGCUCCUCUUAUCUCUAAGGGAGCUCAUGCAAUAGGUUUGAGAGAGAAGCAUUGGGUUGCAAGUGAAAUGGGGAUGCCCUUUUUUCCUUCAGAAUUUCCUGAUUGCAAUGCUUACUCAUUCUUUAUGGCAAAUGAAGCUGCUGUCUCUAAUAAAAAAGUAGAACGUUCCCCUCCUGAUGUCAGACCAUGGAGAGUUCCCAUUCCACCCCCAUGGGACACCAUCUGCCAUGCUUUCAACGAAGGACCCACUAGAGUAGGAAAUAGUCAAAUUAACAAUGAGGAAAAAAUGUUUAAUGGGAAUUCGUUGUCCAGCUCUGAUUCUGGAAAUUGUAGUACAUCAUCAUUUGUUCAUCAUGGUAAUACAUUUGACGGAGUUGUAGCAAGGACACACUUUGUGCUGACUGAUUUCUUGAGAGAAAUCCAAGGUGAUCAUUUGCUUCUAUUUUCUCAACUGCCUGACAAGAAGACGAGUAUAUUCAAGUUAUUGAAAGAUGAAAGCAAGUUUGGCCCCAGUAUGAAUGGUAUUGCCCACUUUAGUUAUGGUCGGAAACUAUGUUUUCUUAGAAUUCUUCUCCAUGCUUACAAGGAAGGCGUUUUCGAAGAGGGGGCAGUUGUAUGUGCUCCUCAACAUACUGAUAUAUCAUUGUUGAUUUCAAGGUCAGGAACUGACGAGGGUGGACUUCAAAUGCCUCAAUCUGCUGUGAGAUCGUAUUUCAAAGAACAAUCUCCUGCUAAGUGGGAACUCCACAAACCAGAAGAUGCUAUUGCAAGGGAAUGUCAUCGGUGGCCAAUUGGCUUUGUUACAACUGGAUUUGUUCGAGGGAGCAAGAAGCCAGUAGCAGAGGCUUUAUGUGAGGCAGUCUUACUUGCUCGUCUUAGAGAGGAGCAGUGGAAUAAUAUGCUUAAAAAGCGGAGGAAGGAGAUCUAUGUCCUGGUUAGGAAUCUAAGAUCUUCAUCAUAUAGACUUGCCCUUGCAACCAUUGUGCUGGAACAACAGGAAGAAGAUGUGGAAUUUAUGUGAGAUGCCGCAACUCCUGUAUUUUUUGUACAUGUUAAUGAGAAAAUGAGAUCUGCUCAAUUUAUUUUUUGCUAUUUUUUUUAUCCCUUAAAUUUAAUUUAUUUGUUGGACAUUGUACACAAUUGGCUACUCUUUCUUCCACCCAGUUAAGGAGAGAGAGUCCAUAGUAGAAGAAAACAUGCUUCUCUUGAACUUUUUCUUUAAUUAUUUUUUAUGUAUAGGGGAAAAAAGUGCAGAAUGAUGAUUAUCUCAU